UUUACUCAACUCACAUGGUUUGUCUCUUUACCACAUUCUCUUUCUAUGAUUAAUUUGUGAACUAAAUUUUGUUUUUGUUUAUUCAUUGACUCAUGAGAGAGCACUUGUAAGAUACUUUCCAGAUCUAUUGUGCUAAAAAGAGCAUGAUGAUGGUUAUAAUGAAUUGUAAGGUCAGAUGGGUGGUGGUUUUCUACAAUACUUUUAAUCUAAGUGGCAAUAGUUAAAUAAACAAGCAUAUUUAUUGGUGUAAUAUAUUGCGGGGUUUCAAUCAUUUGUGAUAAUUAUUUGGGGUUCUCGCCAACUUUCAAGAAUUUCAAGCUAGGCGGAAUUUCUUGGUUGGCGUUUGUGUUGUUCUUCGAGUUCACGGUUGUUGGAUCAUAUCAGUACUUGGCAAGAUAUAUUGGUAUAAACGGCUAAUAGCGCUUACUAAUGCUCAAACUCACCACUCUAUUAGAAAAAUCAUAUCUUGAUAACAGGUUUGAGAUCAUUUGGCUGUGCUAAAAAUGGUACAUGAAAUGGAGGAUGACUUUGUUGAAGAUAUGGAGGUUGAAAUCCUCCCUUCAAUGUGGCCUGAAGAUAUUGAUGAAGCUGGAAAAAAGUUCAAUGUGGAAAAACUGGGACUCCAUGACAAUAUGUUAGAGGAUGUGGCCUUCAUUGAAGAACCUAGUAUAGUUGACUUCAAAAGAUUAGUAGAACUCACAAGUUACAGUGAAAAAGGAUCCUCACAGUUGUCUUAUCUUGUACAAAACUGGGAGUAUAAGCAGGAGAAUGCUGUUAGGCUUCUAAGGGAAGAGCUAGAAAGUUUAAGCAAGCAACAACAUGAAGUUGAGUUGAAAAAGUUAGAGAUAUUUGAACAACAUCAGUUUGAAGAGCAAAGCUAUGGAGGUGUUAAAAGGCCUGUUUCUGUGUUGGAAGAAGGUUAUGAAAUAUUUCAAGAUGUACCUAGGAAAAGAAGCGAUUUUAUUGUGGAAGACAAACAAGUAGAAAUAGAUGCAGAGUAUGAUACACUUGUAUACUGGAAGCAACAGGCUUUGCAUUUAGGGAAAUUACUGGAAGCUAGUGUUCACCGGGAGCAGAUACUCUCGGAGAAGUUGGAAGAAAGUAUUGAAAAACUUGAAAAACAGUCUUCCCCAGUGGAAGAACUUUCCCAAAUCUUGAAAAGAGCUGAUAAUUUUUUACAUUUCGUUCUUCAAAAUGCACCUGUUGUUAUGGGCCAUCAGGAUAAAGAUUUGCGAUAUCGCUUUAUAUAUAAUCAUUACCCAGGUUUAAGAGAAGAGGAUAUUAUUGGAAAAACAGACAUAGAGAUUUUCAAAGGUGGUGGUGUAAAAGAAUCCCAAGACUUCAAAAGAGAAGUUUUGGAGAGAGGUUUACCAGCAAAGAGAGAAAUUACUUUUGAGACCGAAUUAUUUGGAGACAAAACAUUUUUAAUAUAUGUUGAACCUGUUUUCAGCAAAACUGGAGAGAAAAUUGGUGUUAAUUAUAUGGGUAUGGAAAUCACUGAUCAGGUGAAAAAAAGAGAAAAAAUGGCAAAACUUAGGGAAGAAAUAGCUGUGCAGAAGGCUAAGGAGACAGAACUCAACAAAACUAUUCAUAUUACAGAGGAAACAAUGAGGGCAAAGCAAAUGCUAGCAACCAUGUCACAUGAGAUACGAUCUCCACUAUCAGGGGUCGUUAGCAUGGCGGAGAUUUUAUCUACUACGAAACUUGAUAAAGAUCAGAAACAACUGUUGAGUGUCAUGUUAUCGUCUGGUGAUUUAGUUCUUCAACUUAUUAAUGACAUUCUUGAUCUUUCCAAAGUUGAGUCAGGAGUUAUGAAGCUGGAGGCUACAAAGUUUAGGCCUAGAGAGGUAAUCAAACAUGUACUUCAAACUGCUGCAGCGUCAUUGAAAAAAAUGCUAAUAUUGGAAGGACAUGUUGGAGAUGAUGUUCCGGUGGAGGUAAUUGGUGACGUUCUACGGAUUCGACAAAUCCUCACAAACUUGAUCAGCAAUGCUAUCAAGUUUACCCACCAAGGGAAGGUUCAGAUCAAUCUAUAUGUGAUACCCGAACCAGAACUGAAGAUAAAUGCUGAUGACAAAUCAGUUUCAAUACAAAAUGGAGUCGUGUUAGAUGAACAUGAGAAGAAUGAACCUCAUUCACAUGAAACCGUAGUGUGGAUACGCUGUGAUGUUAAGGAUACAGGGAUAGGAAUACCAGAAACAGCGUUACCAAAUUUAUUCAAGAAAUACAUGCAAGCCGGUACAGAUACAGCUCGGAAAUAUGGUGGGACUGGAUUAGGUUUAGCAAUCUGCAAACAAUUGGUUGAGCUCAUGGGAGGACAUCUCACUGUCUCAAGCAAAGAGCAUUUCGGGUCUACAUUUACAUUUGUUCUACCUUAUAAAGUGUCACAUGCAUGUGAUAGUUCAGAUGACACUGAUGAGUUUGGAGAUAUGAAUGAUAAUGGAUCUGAAGAUGAGGACAUCAGUUGUGGCUUCUUCCAAUUCCAGCCGCACACUUUGGGCUCUCUAUAUACCUCUAGUGUUCCCGGAAUUACCCAUAAAGAAAAAAGUAACGUCUUCUCAGAGGACUUGUAUUCAAUAUCUUCCGAUAAAGUUACUCCCAAAGAGAUUGGUACAAUAAUGGAAGAUGAUUAUUCUUGUUGUGAUACUUCACCAGAACCAACACGUUCUUCAAACUGUAGCUCAGAGAAUGAAAAUACGAAUUGCAUCAGGAAACAAGAUGAAGCAGCUGCUGUUUCAUGCUCACCUUCUGAUCAUCAGUUGCAUAGUCUAUGUGAGGCGAGAAAGGAUUUUUAUAAAAGUUCAGAGCAUAUUCUUAACAACGCGCAAGAAGUUCCCAAAAUAGCAAUGAAACCCAAGAUUCUUCUUGUAGAAGAUCAUGUAGUCAAUGUGAUGGUGGCAAGACGAAUGAUGAGGCAGUUGAACCAAGAGAUGGAUGUUGUGAAUAAUGGAGCUGAAGCUGUACGUGCUGUUCAGAGUUGUGCUUAUGAUCUUAUUCUUAUGGAUGUGUGUAUGCCUGUAAUGGAUGGCCUUCAAGCUACUAGACUCAUUCGUUCAUUUGAAGAAACAGGCAAUUGGGAUGAAGCAAGCAAGGCUGGAGUUGAGCCAAAUGGUUCCCAUUCGUAUGAUCAAGUAUUCAAUAAGCCCAGAAAAAGAGUUCCCAUCGUUGCAAUGACUGCAAAUGCAAUGUCUGAAAGUGCUGAAGAGUGCUUCGAGAAUGGUAUGGACUCAUUCAUUACAAAGCCUGUAACACUUCAAAAUUUAAAACAAUGUCUGAAACAGUAUGUAGAGUGAUAGGGUAUCACCAUGUAUAUAUGCGUGUGUGUGUUUGUAUAGAAAUGUGAAUGCGAGUUAGGAAAGUUUUGUAAUCUAUGUUUAGUCUUUUUCUCGUCCUCUUGAUUUAUCAAUCAGGGUAUCUUUUUUCCCUAUGAUUAUAUUUUCUAGAAGGUUAACAUGUGUAGCUUAGCAAAAUAAGGACGGGUUAUUCAGAAGCGACUAUGUAGAGGACGGUUGAAUAACAUCCAAGCUGAACAUAUAUAGUUCUGUAGAAGCGAAAUCAAAUAUAUUAGUUUUUCAUUGUGA